AUGAUCAAAACCGGCCCUCGCUUGACCACCACCCUGCCCCCGGAAACGGUGGACAUCAUCCGGAGCAAAACCCACACCCGCCGAGUGAGGCUGAACGUGGGGGGGCUCCUCCACGAGGUCCUGUGGAGGACGCUGGACAGACUGCCCCGCACGAGGCUGGGCAAGCUGAGGGACUGCAACACCCACGACUCCAUCAUGGAGAUAUGUGACGAUUACAGCCUGGAUAACAACGAGUUCUUUUUCGACAGACACCCGGGCGCCUUCACCUCCAUCCUGAACUUCUACCGCACCGGAAAGUUGCACAUGAUGGAGGAGAUGUGCGCCCUGUCCUUCAGUCAGGAGCUGGACUUCUGGGGCAUCGACGAGAUCUACCUGGAGUCCUGCUGCCAGGCCAGGUACCACCAGAAGAAGGAGCAGAUGAACGAAGAGCUCAAGAGAGAGGCGGAGAACAUGAGGGACAGGGACGGAGAGGAGUUUACAACCACGUGCUGCUCCGAGAAGAGGAGGAAACUCUGGGACCUCCUGGAGAAGCCAAGCUCAUCCUUUGCUGCUAAGCGAGUGCAGCGCUGCUCUCGAGUGUUCUGUCUGGGAAACCAAAAUUGCACCCGGAUGUCCGACUUGUCUGCCUUCAGUGUAAUUGAAUGUUCAGCACUGAAACUGAAGAGUAGAGCUGAUGAUGCAUCACAUAGGCUUAUGGUACGGGAACAGGCGUCUCCCGUUUCAGACCCUAACUGUGUAGUAGCUGGUGUGUCUGGCCUUUAUCUGGCUGUCAUCUCGGCCCUGACUGCUCUCGCUGUUCUGUUUUGCUUCUGCGGCAUGUCCCCUCUAGUAAAGGCCAAGAUCCUGGCAAUUAUUUCCAUCCUCUUCAUUGUAUUGUCCACCAUUGCCUUGUCUCUGAACACCCUCCCAGAGCUGCAGGACACGGAUGAAUUUGGUCAAGCUACAGACAACCCACAGUUGGCCCAUGUUGAAGCUGUGUGCAUUGCCUGGUUUACAAUGGAGUACCUGCUCCGCUUUCUCUCCUCCCCCAGCAAAUGGAAAUUCUUUAAGGGUCCUCUCAAUGUCAUUGAUCUGCUGGCCAUCUUGCCGUACUAUGUCACCAUCUUUCUGACAGAAUCUAACAAGAGUGUGCUACAGUUUCAAAAUGUUCGCCGGGUGGUGCAGAUUUUCCGCAUCAUGCGAAUUUUGCGGAUUCUGAAGCUGGCUCGUCACUCCACCGGUCUUCAGUCUCUUGGCUUCACACUAAGAAGGAGUUACAAUGAGCUGGGCCUGCUUAUUCUGUUCCUGGCCAUGGGUAUCAUGAUAUUCUCCAGCUUAGUGUUCUUUGCUGAGAAGGAUGAAGAAGACACCAAAUUUAAAAGCAUCCCAGCCUCCUUCUGGUGGGCUACUAUUACUAUGACCACCGUAGGUUAUGGAGAUAUUUACCCAAAAACUCUCCUGGGGAAAAUAGUUGGAGGCUUGUGCUGCAUUGCAGGAGUGCUGGUGAUAGCCUUACCCAUCCCCAUCAUUGUGAAUAACUUCUCUGAGUUCUACAAAGAGCAAAAGAGGCAGGAGAAAGCCAUCAAAAGACGAGAGGCUCUGGAGAGGGCUAGAAGAAACGGUAGCAUCGUCUCUAUGAACAUUAAAGAUGCAUUCGGCCGUAAUGUGGAGCUCAUGGAUGUAAUGGUGGAAAGAACUGAUGAGAAGACGGAAAAGGUGCAUGAUAAUCAUGUGUCCCCACAGAGAGGGACUCCAAGACACAAGUCACCUAUCGACCCCAGCAGCCCCAUAAAGAUCCUUGAUUCAAGCUACCAAGAGCAGUCCAAGCCUUCUCACAGCCCUCAACAUCUCAGUGCACAGAAACUGGAGGAGAUGUACAACAAGAUGGCCAAGUCCAACAUCAACAAAGACAAGGGAACCCAUUCCAAAGCAUUCAGACAGAGAGCGGAAUUCGAAAUGGGCAGCAUCCCACAGGAAGCCGUCUCAAGCACAGGGGAGGCCGUGACAGACGUGCGGAGUAUGUCCAGCGUUGACAGCUUCAUCAGCUGCGCCACGGACUUUCCCGAGACCUCUCGUUUUUCCCACAGCCCUGGCAGCAACAUGACUGGGAGGGUCAGUACCAACCCCAGCCUGGAGCCCACUUUGGAAAAUGAGCACGAAGGAUCGCAUGGGACUGCUACACCAGGGGAAGGCACAACGCUCAGCCCCUAUCCUGAUACCCACAGAGGCCUGCGUCUCAACAACCCACUCAGGAGCCACACACUUAAGGUCAGCGUCAGAGGUGGUGAGGACUCAGGGACGGGAGUCCUUUCUGACGGCUCAUCUGUCCACAGCCCUGAAACAUCCAUCUAUACAACUGCCAGCAGCAGGACACCCAGCAAAAGCCCAGAGAAUUUACUGCCCAGCAAUCUCACAUUUCAUGACGCAUCUAUCAACAAGUUCAUAGAUGCUGAUACAGAUGAAGACGAACACCUGCAUGACGGUUCAGGCACGAACACAACUCAAAGACUCUUGGAAAAAGCCAGCCCAAUGUUAAGCCAUCUGUCCAGCUUACAGCAGGGUCCCAAUCACAUGGAAGGCCUCCAAAGGAAACUGGGGAACAGCACACUGCCGUUAGAGGGCCAGGAGAACCAUGUAGCCCAGGAGCUGCAGCCACUUCAGGGAGAGAAGAGUCACUCCAACUUUUAG